UAGAUUCCAUACCACUUGUAAAUAUACAACUCUUUUUACAAUACCGUAAUUGUCCCCCGAAAAAUAUUAAACAAAUGCAACAUAAAAUUGGUUUAAGCUUAUAAAUACAAAAACAAAAUACUGAAAAACAUAUGAAUUCCAAAGUCUUAAAUUAUAAAUCCAUUCCAAAAAAGUAACAUUGUGACAAUGUCUGAAGAUAAGGUUAAUUCCAAGCGAUCUGAUGAGGAAGGGGCGUACGCAGUAUGGGCGACUCCAUCAAAGGACGCAUUGAAGAGGAUCAAGAAGUUGAUGAGCGGUCUACGAUCAAAAUUUGGUGGGCCUAAGUUUGAUCCUCAUCUUACAGUUAUAGGGCCAAUCAACUUGAAGGGUAAAGAUGCACUUGACAAAUUCAGGGCUGCUUGCCAUGGGUUGAAGGCUUAUCCUGCUCAAGUUAAGGAUGUCUCUACCGGUGACUCUUUCUGGCAGUCUGUUUUUCUCCGCCUCGACGCUACCCCUCAGGUGGUCGGAAUUAGCGAACAUUUUGAUGCACAUUUUGGUUACGACCGUUCCACACCUUACCUGCCACACAUGAGCCUUCUAUACGCGGACUUUACAGAUGAAGAGAAGCAUGAAGCCCUAGCGGAAGCUAAAAAGUUGGAUGACACGAUUGAUACAAUGAGCUUCGCGAUAGAUCGCCUAGAACUGUACAUAACUCCUAGUGAUAAGACUCUCAAGUCCUGGGUAAAGGUGGAAGAAUAUGUGCUUUGCGCACCCUAAUUUGAGCUCUUUUCCAUCUUAAAUUAUUAGUGUGUUUGUUGAUGAAAUGUUGCUGGAACAAGGAUUAAUGAUGUACUACGCAACUUGUGCCGUUCAAUAAAAGAAUUUCAAACUGCUCUUAGUUUGUAACUUACGUGUUCUUGCUUAAAAACUUGAAACAUUUUGUUAAUA